AUGUUUUUUGAUCAGUCACAUGUUCGCUUUCACCAUGUAGUUCCAGGCAGGGUGCUUCACGUGCAGGCGCUGUGCAAGGGAGGCUGGGUUAAUGUGGUCAACAUCUAUCAGCACAGCUGGGGCUUGGUCUCGGAUCAGGACCGAUUGCUCACCAAGAGGGCAGCGAUCUGGGAGAAAGUCAGGGACACCUUUGGCCAGAUUCCCAAGGGCCACUUUCUCAUUGCUGGCGGUGACCUGAACACGACAGCAAAACCGAUGCACCCUUGGAUAGGUCGUGGCAUGCUGCAGAAGGGCCAGAUUUCACCGGAUGCCGAGUGCUUGGAACAGUUGGUGCAGGACUUUCAGCUGAGGGCUGUGAACACUUUUGGCAGGCCCACGGCGUUCUCCUACGUUCAUGAGGGCUACAAGGUCCAUCGCAAAUCGUUUGUUGACUACUGGUUGAUACGCCAGUGUCAAUCAGGGCAGUCUUCAGCCUCCUUGCUUGCGGGAUUCGAGGUUGGAAGAUGGCGCGAAGGAGGGCGGCACUUGCCCAUUGUCGUGGCUGUCACCCUCAGGCCUUACCAUCAUCAGGUACGUAAGACUCCCCGAGAAUGGCCAGUGUGGAAGUGCAAAUUGUUACAGCAGGCGGUAAAGGACCACCCCGAGAAAGCCGCGGAGUUCCAAGCCAUGGUUCAGGAGCGAUUGGAGGCGGAGAUCGAAUACCAACCGCAAUUCUUGAAUGACAUCCUGUUGCAGGUGGGGAAACAGGUCUUCGAUAUUCAGCGACCAAGAGUGCAGCCGCCAGCUUGGACAGCAGAUGCACACACCAACUUGAUUAAGCAGAUGUGGUCACAUGAUCGGUUGAUGAAGCGUAGGCGGUGUCUCCCUGGCACUCGGGCCAUCUUGCAGGCCUGGCGUCAUCAAGUGGCAUUCCUUCGGUUGCACAGGGCAGUUCAGAAACACAGCCGACAGCUCCGACGAUCACAUUUCGAUCAACUGCUGACGGCAGCCGAGCGCUGUGAUCAGGUCGACGGGGCAUCUGCCACUUUUACUUUGAUCAAAAAGUGGGAAGUCAAGGAACUGGCGACAUUUUGGAAAGAGAUCUGUGCGGGCAGUGAUGGGCAGGCUCCACCCAGCCACCAACCACGGCAUGCAUACCAUGUGUCACGAGAGGAAUUACUUCAUGCUCUGCAGUCUCUGAAGGGAAACAAAGCGGCGCCGGCUCAUUGUGCACCACACGCGCUGUGGCAGAUUGCGGCAGGUCCUGUUGCCGAGUUCAUGGAUGUUCAGCUGCUCAGCAAAUGGCGAGAUGAGGAAGCCGAGGUCUUUGAGGAUUGGUCGGCAUCCUGGCUCACCUUCUUGAACAAAGCCAACAAGCCGGGCAAUCAGCCCGGAGAUCUCAGGCCAAUCUCCUUGUUGGAGCCAGCGGGGAAGGCCAUGAGCGGCAUCAUCAAACAACAUUUGAUGCCUUUCCUGCAGCCUUGGAUUGAGGACAGACAUCUUUUUGGAUACUUGCCCAAUCGAUCGCCGCAACAGGCACUGAGCAUUGUGUUUCGGCAUUGUGCCGAUGCUCGUGCCCGGGCGAAAGCCCAGGGUCGAGAUUUGUAUUCGAUCCGUCAGGGACAUCGACGAGGGGGCUGCGCAGGGGGCUUGCAGGUGAGCAUAGAUUUCACUCAAGCGUUCGAUAGGGCUAACCGCGCUUUGCUCAACUCAGCCCUUCUACUUCUGAAGGUCCCGGACAACCUGCGGUGCGUGAUUAUGCAAUGGGUAGAGACAACCACAUUCCAUGUUGUGCAGGACGAUGCCGAAGCCAAGUUCUCCUCCAGUAGAGGAAUAAGACAAGGCUGUCGAUUAUCACCAUCGCUCUGGGUGUGCAUCUCGGUGUACUUGUUGCAUUUGCUUGAGCAGGAGAUGGGGAAAGUUGAAUGGCCACGCCAAGUCCAGCUGGAGACGCGGAUUUGCCUGUGUCCCCUGGUCACGGUGGUCAAGGAGGAGAUACACCAAGUGAUACGCCAAUGGCGAUGCCUGCACCAGAAGGAGUUGCAGGAGGAGGAAGUUUCACAGUGGCCAGACCGGAGUUUCAGUUUCAAAGUGUUUGUGGGCUUCAUUGAUCCCACCUAUGCAGAAGAGUUGAAGAAAGUGGAGCUGGUAGAAGAGGAAGGAACCCAUCAAGGAGAUCACGAGAAGAGUUCCUCUAGCAAUGCCCCUCCUGCGAAGAAUGAGACUGGUCAAGUGAGGCAGAUCACAGCUGAAGCAGCGCGACAAGCAAGAAGAGUAGAGAUGACACAAGAGUGGAACGAUGAGGAUGAAGAGCUCAACUUUGUGAGAUUGUGUCAAGAGUUUGAAGGUUUGGUUCAAGGAGAGCUGAGAAGAGUUGAGGAGUUUGAUAUCUCUUCGAGCGAUGAAGUGGAAGAGAUCGAGGAGGAACCGACUGAUGGCUUGAUGGAGUGGUACCAAGGAUGGUGGUUCUUGGAAACAGAAGUUGAAAGAAGUGUGAGAAUGGUUUCUGAAGGAGAUGAAGUGAGAAGAACAGCAAGAGAAGUGGAUGCAUGUGAGGUAGUGCUCGACAGUGGAGCUGACUGCCAUGUGUUGCCUAUGGAUUGGGCAGAAGAAGUCGGAGAAACUUCGAACUUUGAGUACCAUCUGAAAGAUGCGCAAGGGAAAGUGAUCCCAACGCUGCCUGUGAGGCAGAAUGUGACGUUUGUUUUCACGAAGGAGUCUGGAAAGAAGUUGAAGAUCACUGACAGUGCUGUUUGCGGCAAUGUCACCCAACCUUUGUUUGCGGUAGGAAAGAUGUGGAAGCUAGGUUGGGGUACGGUGAAUGAAGAUGGAAGAUUGUGGUUGAAGAAAGGAAGUGUUCGGAUACCGAUAUACUUCAAAAGGCUGGAGCGAGAACUGAAGAAUGAGUUGAAGAGCAAAGAAGAUGAAGAUGGUUGGUUUGUGCUAAAUGACGGCACGCCUGCAAGGUUUGAUUGGUUUAUGGGGAAGACGUUUGACCCAACGGGAAAGAUGAAAAGAAGUGGAGAAAGAGUGUUAAAUGAAGUGGAUUGGAAGAGUAUGGACUUCUUUGAGUGUACGGAGAUCUGGAAGGAUCGCGAAAGAGUGCAACUUGGGGCGAGUCCUCAAGCAAGGUUUGAGGUGAUGGUCACCUUGUUGGAAAAGGGAUUGAAGGAACCGAGUGACUAUGGGUUGCUCACGAACUUGGAAGAGCUCGAAAGAGAACUGGCACAAGAAGGAGUGCCAAUGGAGGUCACAGGUACCUCCUCAGGUUCGAAAGACAAAAAGGAAAGUGAGAAAGAGGGACCGAAGAGAGGAGUUCCGGUGAUCGGUGAAGAUGAAGAGGCAUAUCAGCCGGAGCUCUUGCAACUUUCGGUUGGAGCUCCAUGGGAUCAUCAGCUGAAGGCUUUGAGGUUUAAGAAGAAGAGAAUUGUGCCUAUUGAUGAUGGGCCAGGACUGCCAAGAUUGGCGGUGGAAGCUGACAAAAGAGUAGAAGAGGAAAAGAGAAGUGAGCCUUCGCCGCCAAGCGACCGCCAAGGAAGCUCAAGUUCUUCUAGCAAGAGUUCGUCGCUGUCUGGAGCAACGCCAGAAGCAAUGGACGACGAGAGCGAUGACGAUGAUGAUGAUCCAGGAGAGGUGAGAACAAAGAGAAAAGCGGAAGAUGAAUUGGUGCCCGAUGAAAUGACGUUGGAGGAGUUUCAAAGAGAAGUUGCAAAGAGGAAUGCAGAAGAAGAAGGAGAAGGGUCACCGAAGAAAGGACCAAGAGUAGACGAAGGAACUGGAGAGGUAGAAGAAAGAGUUGAAAAGGUGCCAAGACUUGGAGACGAAGCACGAGGAAGUGCGGCGCGAGUGGAAUACCACAUUCGGAGAUUCGCCAAGAGCGAGGAUCCCGAAGAGCAUGGAGAUGAGUAUGUUGAUCUCGACGAGACACAGCUGUUUCUGGAAGAAAGUCGAGAGUUCCAGAGCAAGUGGAACGAGAAGGUGUGUGAGACAGAAGAGGACCUAACGGCUCUAGCACAAGCACACCGGGCAUUACAGCUCCUGGAGAAGGCGGGUCUCAAACUUAGUCGGGACAAGACGGUUUGUCUGCUACGGGUUGAAGGUGUUCAGACUCCACACAUUAAGCGACAGCUCAUCGACAAGACCAAAGACGGCCGAGUCCUCAAAAUCAGCCCGGACUACAUCCUGCCACUCAAACAAGAUCACAUCUACUUAGGCGCUUGCAUCACAUAUGGGGACUUUGAGCACAAGAACAUGCAGCACCGAGUUCAUGCAGGCAAAGUGGCAUUCCAGCGGGUACGCAAAUUUCUUAUGGCAGACAAGGCCGCCAGCAUGCAGAAGAGGCUUCGACUAUGGAAGGCCAUUGUCAUCCCAACGGUCAUGUACUCAAUCACUGCUUCCGGUGUUCUCCCCAAGGGGUUCGACGCACUUCGCGUCAUGCUGACCAAGCAAGCGCGAGCUAUCGCGCGAAGCCCCAGACACAGGCUGGGAGGUGACUCCGGUGAAGAGGUUAUCACCGAAUCCGAUGAGCUUUUCUGGCGAAAGGUGGCGAUGGUCGCACCAGCACAGAUGGUGCAACAGAGAUUGCAGGCCGCCGUGGAACGCACAACGGAGCUUACGCAUCACUUAGCGCCGCAGGAUGUUCGAAUCAGCACGGCUGUUCGGGAGUGGGAACAGACCAUUUUGCAGCAGUUCAAGGACCGUUGCAUUCAUAGCGAUAGCGUCACUACUGUUCACAAGUGUGAUGUUUGCAAUGCGGAGUUCGGUGACUACAGUUCUUUGCGGGCACACAAGGCUAAGGUCCAUAGUGCGGAGAGGCGACAGACUGCAGCACCAACCUUUGAUAGGCAACGUCACGGUGUGGAUGGAAUGCCGACGUGUUCCAUGUGUGGGCACAAAUUUCUGCGGUGGGCUGAUUUGCAGAAGCAUGUUGAAGGAAACUUUUGUCAAAAGCACACCCCCGACACCGAGGCGAGUACCAUGGUUGAGGCCAAGGCUUCCGUCUGGGAUCAGGCUCGGGCUGGCACGCUUCAGCUCGAUGACAUCAGCUUGGCAACAGUCACCGAGGAGCUCAAGCAGGAACAGUUCAUGGACAUCUUCGCGGCGACGAUGCCAGCGCUUCGGGAAAUGGCAGCCAAAAGAGCCGCCGAGCAGGACGAGCAGAACGGCUCCAACAAGAGGCCGCAUCUGGAAGUCACCAAGCCAACCAAGGGCAAAGGUUGGGGGAAAGGCCGAGGCAAUCGCUCCGGCAACGGCUGGGGAAACCGUUGGAACACACAGACACCGGCUCCGGCGCCAUCCACGGUUUCUUUAGAAGAUCUUCAGCAAAUGAUGCACUUGGUUGCUCGGCUGCUGGUACAACAGGACAACGAGAUCCAAAUGCUCAAGAUGGACAAGCAAUUUCUACUCCAUUUCGAGACUGGUCCUCAAGGAAUGGUUCACUUGUUUUGGGAGUCGGCACAGGUCUGGAAAAAGGCCAAGGAGGCCCAGCCCCCGACAGUGGACAAAUCGUUGCGCCUCACAUUGCUUCUGUGUAUGCUGAUGGAACUAGAAGGCCGCUUGACGAAGAUGCUUGCACACGAGCAGACCAAGGACAACAUGAUCAAGCAUGGUUGGCUCACCACUCUAGUUCCACAGUGUGCGCCCGUUGGCGGAGCAGAUGGAGGGCGACACAUUGCCUUUUCUCUUAUCAAUCAGCACGAGAGGGGCUCUAGCGGAUCGGACGUUCGAGCUUUUUCGCAAGCUGGAGGGCAACACGGUUCUGAGGGUUGUGGGCGCUCGCCUUCGGGGCGAACGCCUCAAGCGGCAGCCCCUGGUACAUCAACUGGUGGAGGCCAUGGCGCAGCUGCAAGUGAGUUCGUGACCAAGACGCAGAGGCAGGUCCUUGGAGUGCGGUUGCAGAACAAUCACAACGUGUGUUACAUCAACUCGCUGGCUUUGCUGUGGGCGUGGGCUUCAUCGUUCAGCAAUAAUCUUGAGUACUUUGCAGGUGCGGCGACCCCGGCUCUACGAGCCAUUCUUACGAGCAAGGGGAGUGUACUUUGCAAACAGUGGUGGAUCAGUGGAGUGCUCAGGUUCGGCUACAAUGGUGAUGAGGCCUUCAAGCACACCAUGUCGGUGAGUUUGCAAAGCUUGUCCAUCAUGAUACGCGACUUGAGCAAUCUUCUUGACUUGUUGGUGUCAAAGGGCUCUGCAUCGAGUCAUGAGCUGACAGUGCUUCGAGGCAGACUCUUGUUUGCUGACAAUCAGGUCUUUGGCAGGCGUGCUCGGCAGGUCUUCUCUGUCCUGUCCAAAGCCUGCUUUUGUAAGAAGAAUGUCAAAAUAACUGGUGAGCUGCUGCACGCGCUUCUGUUCUUCCGUGAUCACAUCGUGAAUGGUGAGCCAAGGCGUGUCAGUGCUUGCAAGAGGGAAAAGCUGACCCUCUUCACUGACGCCUCCUUUGGAAGCGAAGGUUCCGGACUUGGUGGGGUCCUUUACGAUUCAGCUGCCAAACCUCUCAAGUGGUUUGCUGAGUGGAUUGACCCUUGUGACCUUGCCCCCUUCGGCUCUGAUGUUAAUUCGGGUUUGAUUUAUGAGUUGGAGAUCUUUGCAGCAGUGCAAGGUGUCGUGGACUUGCUCAAAGGCAAGUCAAACAUUGACCUAGUGCUGUUUGUGGACAACGAGUCCGCUUUGUCUUGCUUGAUAUGCGGUCGCGCAGAAGGCGUUGCAGCUUGCAUACUUCAGAAGCUUGUCUGCUUCGAAGAAGAGAACGAUAUCAACAUUUGGUGCGAGUGGGUGCCAUCCCAAAGCAAUCCUGCUGAUGGGCCAUCUCGGAAAGAUUACAGCAAUCUUGACUCGUCUCUUCGUGUGCGGCUCACUGCCUUGACACCUUAG